AUGGGCUCCCCCGAAGAACACGAAGAACACCGACAUGAAUGGAGCGCUGGGUUCUGGAGCUGCUGUUCCCCGUUCGGAACAUGCAUGAAAGCAAGCUGCUGUCCCUGCUUCCUCUACGGAAAGGUAUCCUCGCGAUUGGAUGACCCCGCGCUCAAGGAAUACAGUCAUAUGAAUGGAAGCUGCUGCCUCUACGCCCUAACCUCCUACGUUGGAUUCUACUGGAUCCUCCUCAUGCUGAAGCGCGGCCAGAUGCGCGACCGAUUCGGCAUCGAAGGAAACGGCUGCAAGGACUGUAUGGCGGCGUGCUGCUGUCCGUGCUGCGUGCUCAUGCAGCAGGAUAAGGAGACCGAGGCGCAGUCGGAGAAGAUUGAGAAGGCCUCGGGAGCGGCUGGGUAUCAGGCUCCUGCUGGGAUGGCGUAUCCGACUGCGAAUGGAACUUAUUAA